AUGCCUAGUGACGAUGAAAUAAUUACUUCUGUACUUGAUUAUAACUACAAUGAAGAUGAUGAAAAGAAAUCUGAAGUUCACAUUUCUUAUAAAGAAGUUAUUACAAGCAUUAAUAAUAUUUUGCAUUUUAUUAAUCAAGAAGAUGGAUUUAAAGUAGAUGGAUCUUUUGUUCAAAAACUAAAUAGUUUUAAAAAAAGAUGUA